AUGUCGCGACGGAAGCAGGCGAAGCCCCAGCACAUCAACUCCGAGGAGCAGCCCCCAGAUGCUGCAAGUGGGAGUCCACAAGACGUCCCAGGUGAUAGAGAUGGUGAAAUGAGUUCCAAAAGGUGCCGCACGGAGGAAACCAAAAUCUGCGAGAAAUGCUGUGCAGAAUUCUUUGUUCUCUCUGAAUUCCUUGAGCAUAAGAAAAAUUGCACUAAAAACCCGCCUGUUCUGAUCAUGAACGACAGCGAGGGAGCAGUGCCCCCCGAGAGCUUCCCCGAGGCUCCUCUGGGGCCCUUCCCGAGCGACCGCAUGGACGGCAGGGCACGCAAGGACAUUCAGGCCAAGGGCUGCGCUGCCUCCGUGGACAAGAGAGAAGGAAAAAUGGAUGCUGAGCCGGUGGGAGGAAUGUACCUUAAAAUAGAGCCCCCCCUGACGCCUGCGGCCCCCGGCCUGAGCUAUCUACCAAAACCCAAAGUACCGAACACUAACGUGACCCUGCAGACCAUCCGUGGCACUAAGGUGGCCGUGAACCAGCGGACGUCGGACGCCAUCUCCUCCUCGGCGGCCGGGUUCAACGCCAUCCCCAUGAUCCUGGAGCAGCUGGUGUGCCUGCAGCAGCAGCAGCUCCAGCAGAUCCAGCUGACGGAGCAGAUCCGCAUCCAGAUCGCCAUGAUGGCUCCCCACGCCCUGCACCCCUCCAUCGCAGCUGCUGCCGACCCGCUCAAGGCUCUGGGGGCCCACAUGUCCCAGCAGCUCUCGGCUGCCGUGGCUCUAAUCGGACAGAAGGCUGGGAGCCAGAGCCUAUCCCUGGAAUCCUUGAAGCAAGGAAAGCUACCUCACUCUAACACUGGCAUUGCGGCCGCCAGCUCGCUGGCUGCUGGGCUCUCCUCCUCCUUCCCCCUGAAGCCAGAGGGGAGCCGAGGCCUGCCCGGCUCCAUCUCUCAGUUCCCAAAUCCUUUGCUACCUCAGUCCUCCGGCUCGGUCAUCUUCCAGAACCCGCUUUCGGCCGUUUCGUCCGUGAUGGAUUCCUCAAAGAAGGGCAAGGGGAAACCGCCCAACAUCAGCGUGUCUGAAAGCAAACCCAGCACGGAGGAGCCGUUCUUCAAACACAAGUGUAAAUUCUGUGGGAAGGUCUUUGGCAACGACAGUGCCCUGCAGAUCCACCUCCGCUCCCACACCGGGGAAAGGCCCUAUAAGUGUAACAUCUGUGGGAACCGCUUCACCACCAAAGGAAACCUCAAAGUGCAUUUUCAGCGUCACAAAGACAAGUACCCCCACAUCAAGAUGAAUCCUUACCCAGUUCCUGAGCACCUGGACAAUGUCCCUACCAGCACUGGAAUUCCGUACGGGAUGUCUGUGCCACUGGAUGAGUCCAACCUGAUUGUGGACAGCAAACCUCUCCUAACAACUCUGCCUACCUCUGCGGCCAGCGGCACACCUCAGGCCAUCUCCAGCCUGGCAGGCAUCAAGGAGGCUCUGCCUGGUACGUUCUCCGGUGAGCUGCAGUCGAGGCCCUCUCCCGAAAGCGAGGGUGGCUCCUCCUCGUCGGGGGCGGUCGGUCACGAGUCGGGAACGGAGCAGAGCUUGAGCUCACCACAAGCUGCCUGCAGCGUGAGCAUCUUCCACGUAGGUGGGUCAAACGAGCAAGGCUCAGAGACAUCCAAGCUCCAGCAGCUGGUUGAAAAUAUCGACAAGUCCACUUCUGACCCCAACGAGUGCCUGAUCUGUCACAGAGUGCUGAGCUGCCAGAGCUCGCUGAAGAUGCAUUACCGCACCCACACCGGGGAGAGGCCGUUCAAGUGCAAGAUCUGUGGCCGUGCCUUCUCCACUAAAGGGAACCUCAAAACCCACUAUGGUGUCCACAGGGCCAACACCCCCUUGAAGAUGCAGCACUCGUGUCCCAUUUGCCAGAAGAAGUUUACAAACGCCGUGGUGCUGCAGCAGCACAUCCGCAUGCACAUGGGCGGGCAGAUCCCCAACACCCCCAUGCCUGAGCCCCCCUGCGACACCGAGGGGGAUCCUGCCCUGCCCGAGAAGAACGGAGACAUCGGGCGCCCGGAGGAGAUCGUGGAAAGCAUAGACAUGGAAGAUGACGUGGACUCUCAGGAUGGCCCCAGGAGCUCCUCCAAACCUCCCACUCCGUACGAUGCACAAUCAGAGUCGCCCGCCGCAGCCGCCUCCUUCUCUGGGGUUGCAGCGCUGGAGAGCCAGAUGAAGAUGGUGGGCUCGUCGCUGAGCUUGCAGCGGCAGAGCAGUCUGAAGUCCAGCGACAACGGCUCGGCAGAGAGCGACGGCAUGACCAACGACUCGUCCUCGGUGGUGGGCGAUGCCGACUACCAGAACGGCCGCAGCCCUGCCGCCUCCGAGGCCGCCUCGCUGCAGGCACCGUCCCCGGCCAACAGCCAGGCUGAGAGCGUCAGGUCCAAGUCACCUGCCUUCACCAGCCAGGAGGAUUCGGGCACGGGGAGUAAAGCAGAGGGUGCUGAGAACGCUCCUGCGGAAGUGGAAGGUGUUGUUGGAGCUCUGGAUUUAACGUACGGCAACAUCGGGCGGAAGGUCAUCAAGGAGGAGCCUGGGCUACACUUUGCUAAUGGAGAAUAUGGUCGCAGCAGUAUCCCAGCUGCGUUUGUCAGAGCCCCACCAGCCCUGAUCAAAAUGGAGCUGCCCAGCGAUCGCCCCCUCAGCGCCGGCCCCUUCAUCGGCCCCCCAGCUCUGUCCCCCGGGGUCGCCCCUCUGCUGGUGCCGCGCCCCAAGUUCUGCCGUCCUGCCAAACAGCACAUCUGCACUACCUGUGGCAAGAACUUCUCCUCUGCCAGCGCCCUGCAGAUCCACGAGCGCACCCACACCGGGGAGAAGCCCUUUGCCUGCACCAUCUGUGGGAGAGCCUUCACCACCAAGGGCAACCUGAAGGUCCACGUAGGAACCCACAUGUGGAACAACUCAGCCAGGCGGGGCAGGCGCCUGUCCAUCGACAACCCCAUGGCCCUGCUGGGCAACGACCCCAAGAAGGUGUCGGAGAUGUUCCCCAAGGAGAUGGUGGCGCCCUCGGUGAGCAUCGACCCCGCCGUGUGGAACCAGUACGCGGCCGUGCUCAGCAACGGGCUGGCCGUGAAGGCCAACGAGAUCUCGGUGAUCCAGAGCGGGGCCCUGCCCGCCCUGCCCGUGCCCCUGCCCGGGGGCUCGCCCCUGAACUCGGCCCCGGCCGCCAAGGCAGAGCCGGCCCAGGCUGGCGCCGCCGAGGCGGAGAAGGCGGGCGCUGCUGCUGCAGACAGUGUGCCAAAACACCAGUUCCCUCUCUUCCUGGAGGAGAACAAAAUCGCCGUCAGCUAA